AAAGUUCAAUGGAAAAAAUUACUAAUUAACCGUUGGCCACCUAACAUGUACCCUGUACAAUUUGAAAAAGUAAAAUAAAAUAAAAUAUAACGUUUGGACAUAUUUUUUGAAAAAUACCAUCCAUAUUCCAUCUCUCUCUCUCUAUAUAUAUCACAUAUAAUAUAAUGAAUCCAUAAUAAACAUUAAUUUAUAUAUACAUAUAGUUGCUGAUGAAAUUAAGCAAUGGAAUCUGAACAUGAAAACGGUACCCUGAUCAGAUCAAGAAAUCAAGCCCUGAAACCUAUUCAAACCACGAAUAUAUUAAAAAGAAGGGGAAAUGAUGAUGAUAAUAUUAAGAUGAAGAGCACAUUCUUGGCCGAGCAGGAUAUGAUGUCAAUGAUGGCCGAGAAAGAUGAGCCAGUAAGUCCAGCAGGCCGUUUUUUCAACGAACAAAACUUCACUGUUCAUAUCUUAGCCAUUCUCGGCUGCAAGACAAAGAUUUUCCCAGAUGUUUUCAAACAAGGAUUACUCCAUACUCUUCUCAAGCACCCUCGCUUCUCUAGUUUGAUGGUGAAUGAGGGUGGAAAUCUGAAAUGGGUGAGAACAAAUGUUGAUAUUGAUAAGCACGUGAUAAUUGCUGACAUGGGUGAUGAUGAUGGAGUUUUGGCAGAAAAGUUUGUUGAAGAUUACAUCUAUGAUCUAACGAAAACAAGUUUGGACAAGUCUAAACCGUUAUGGGAGGUUCACAUAAUCAACCAGAAAACCGCAGAGGCAGAAGGUGGUUUGUUCGUUUUCAAGAUUCAUCAUUCCAUGGGGGACGGCAUGUCACUCGUCUCCCUUCUCCUUGCCUGUACUCGCCCAAUAACCGACCCUAACACUGUUCCUACACUUCCUAUUCCAAAGCACAAACAAAAUUACAAUCAUCAUAAUCAAGAUUCAUGUAAUAAUAAGAGCAGUGGCGGUUUCAUCACGAGCUCGUUGCGGUGGUCCAUGGGCGUUUUAUGGCUUCUUCAAUUGUUUUGGAAUACUUUAGUUGAUAUUUUCUUGUUUUUGGCAACUGGGUUUUUCUUAAGAGAUUCUCAGACGCCGAUUAGGGCUCCUCCAUUUGGACUGAGUAGCAGUCCUCGCCGGAUUAUUUUUCGAAGCUUUAGCUUGGAUGAUUUUAAGUUGGUGAAGAAUGCUACGUAUUCGACUAUAAAUGAUGUUGCAUUGGGAGUUACACAAGCUGGUUUAUCUAGAUAUCUCAACAGAAGAUACGGCGAGAAUAAGAAUAAUAAAGAUGAAGGGGAUUCGAGUAGGGGCACCGUUAAUAAUCUUCCCAAUAAUAUCCGACUCAGAUCAGUAUUGGUUGUUAAUAUUAGACCAUCCCCAGGAAUUCAGGAUUUAGCUGAUAUGAUGGAAAAAAACGGUGAAGCAGAGUGGGGAAACAAAUUAGGAUAUGUUCUAAUCCCACUGACCAUUGAUUUGAAGGAAGAUCCUUUGGAUUAUAUACGCCAAGUCAAACUUCAAAUUGACCGAAAGAAGCACUCCCUUGAAGCUCUUUCUACUUCCUAUAUUUCAGCUUUAGUUUUUCUUCUUUUUGGCAUCAAGAGAAUGGCUAUUUUCUUUCACAAAAUUGUGUCGGGUGCAACAAUGGCGUUCUCGAAUAUAGUGGGUCCAACUCAGGAAAUUGGACUUUACGGUCACAACUUAGCUUUCCUUGCCGCAACUUCUUAUGGCCAACCACAUGAGUUGAUGGUUAACUUUCAAAGUUACAUGAAGAAGAUCACCAUUGUUUUAACAGUGGACGAAGAGAGAAUACCGGAUCCUCACCAGCUAUGUAAUGACAUUGAAGACUCUCUCAAGCUUAUAAAAGAUACCAUUAUAGAGAGAGGACUUAGUGUCAAAUAGUACUUAAAGAAUAUCAUCCAUGUUUUUUAUAUAUCAUUUAGAAAAUCAACACUCUUUCAUUGAUAUUAUUAAUUAUUCUGUAUACUAUAUAACAUGAUGCAAAUGCAGUGUUAACUGUGAAUUUAUAUCAUUCAUAUAUUUAUAUUGAUAUGGCAAAAUAAGCUCUACCCUGAAAAAAAUAGUUUUAAUUUUCAAAAAUGUAAUUUUCAAUUUGAGUUAAUUUUCCUUUUUUCCCA